CACAGUGCGACACUCAGGACUUGUCCGUUCGAAGUGGAUGUAAAGUCUGUUUAAAAAACUCGUCAGUUCUCUUAAACCGUUUAAAGACUUUUGUUCUAUUUAUUUCUUAUUUAUACAUAGCUUUACUGGAUAUAAUGUUGUUACUUCAUCAUUACAUAUGCCGGGAAAAGUUUUAUGUUUGGAACCACACCACCGAACGUACAUGUAAACGGCACUUGCAUUUGUGACCCUCCACUGUUAUUGCCGUGUAGAUUUUUGAGCUAUUUUAUUUAAAGUAUUGUUCUUUUCUUGUGAGGAAAUAUCACAUCAUCUUGGAUUUAAAGUAAAACGAAUGGACAACGAAACACCACAACAUGCCCCUUGUUACGACGAAGGAUUGUUGCAACCACACGACACCUUGAUCUCCGAGUUAUUUGAUUUUAUGCGUAUCGAAUUGGAAACCGAACCCGCUGGUAUUGACAGAGAGGAAAGGACGUGUUCUAAAAAUGUCAUGCGAAAGCAGCGUAACUGGGAAAGAAAAGUGGAGACGAAGAAAAGUAAAAGAAAAGAGGAGAAACAAAGGAAGAAGCUCAACAGUCAAAAUAAAGAUAUUUAUGGACCGCAGCUAAGUAAGCGUGUCAUUAAAGCAAUUACAAAGCAGAGACUGGAGGAGGCCAGAGAUUCAGGACUGCGUCUGUGUGUGGACCUCAGCAUGACCGAUCACAUGUCACAUAAAGAAAUCAGCCGUCUUGCAGGUCAGAUAAGGCGCCUCUAUGGAUCCAACAAGAAGGCUUUACACCCGUUCCACCUUUUCCUGACAGAUUUGAAAGAGGAAAAUCUGCUGUAUAAAGAAUGUGUUAGGAUGAAUGACGGCUUCCAGAAUUAUUUGAUUGAUGUGACGGGGGAGAGUUGGUGCCAUCUAUUUCCCUCAAAUGAUGUGAUAUAUUUAACCCCAGACGCAAGUGAAGCUUUGGAACACUUGGAGGAAAAUAAAGUUUAUAUCUUAGGGGGUUUAGUGGAUGAAAGCAUAAAAAAGAAAAUAACCUUUACAAGAGCAAAAGAGCUUGGAGUCCGCAUGGUAAGACUGCCUAUUGAUGAGUACAUGGUGAAGAGGUCCAACCCCAAAAACUUCCACUCCAAAAUCUUAGCCAUCAAUCAAGUGUUUGAAAUCCUGCUGGCUUUUUAUGAGACCAAAGAUUGGACAAAAGCACUUGCUUCUGGUAUCCCACCUGGAAAGGGAUACAUGGUGAUGUCACAAGCAUCUACAGAGGUCAGACUGUGAUCGGCCCUCCAGAGGAGCUGUGAGCCAGCAUGGUCCAUAAAAUUAAUGGCAGGCUUUGGUUACACUGACAUUUUUGUGGCCUUGCCCAAUAUACAUUCACCAUGUUUACAACAUUAUGUAUGGCAUGUUUCCCCAGGUGCCAGCUAAUAUUUCAAAUAACAGUAUCUUUUGUAUCAUUUUUAAUAAUACUGAAUAAUUGUUUCAGGAAAAGUUUUUUGUAAGUAUUAAAGAGAUCAGGAUUGAAAAACUGUUAUUCUUCAAUGUCUCUGCUCUUGUUUCACUGUGUUGCUCUUUAACCAAUUUUGGCCAAGUUCAAUGUGAGAAUCACUGUCUUUUAUUUAAAAAGACUUUUUUGAAAUGUAAAAUAAGUAUUCAGUGUCCCCAGAUUGUUUCUGUGAAGUUAUAGCUCAAAAUACCCCAUAUAUAAUUUAUUACAGCAUGUUAAAAUUGCCACUUUAUAGGUGUGAGCAAAAUGUCCCAUUUUUGGGUGUGUCCCUGUAAAUGCAAGUGACCUGAUAAAAUGCAAACACUGAUCGACACAAUGGUGGUUGUGGAAAUUGAAAUUCAAUUUUGCUGUCAAUUUUUCUCUCUGCACUAAAUGGCAGUGCUGUGGUCAGAUUAAGGGGCUUUAUUAUUAUAAGAAGAUCCCCUUCAUGUGCUUGCAGAAAAUGGUUUACCAAAACAAAUUUACCGGGUUGUACUGGGUCUUUUUCACGUUUUCUUUGCUGAUAGAAGCACUGGGGACCCAAAUAUAGCACUUAAACAUGAAAAAAAAACAGAAUUUCAUUAUAUGUCCCCUUUAAGCAACCCAGUGAUCAAAUGUAAAAUGAGUGAUCUUUGUGUACAUAUUAUUUUCAUCUGCCGUCACAUUCUUAAAGGAAGCUGUAUUGUCAUUUCAACCAUAUGUACACAGUGAAAUGAGAAGUUUCUCCAGGACCAUGGUGGUACAUAGAGACACUGAACUACAUAAAAAAACAUGGUGCUAAGGACUAAAAAUGUAAUUUUUGCCUAGCCACAUAAAGUGCAUUUGUACAACCUAGUGCAAACAGUGCCGAACAAGAAACAGUGCAAAAACAAUACAAUACACUGCAUUAUGCAUAAAAAAGUAGCACCAGCCAGUACAAUAUGUCUCUAACUACGGAAGAAAAUCAUUAUAACAUAUCUACACGUUUAACAGCAGUAGGUAGUGUGAAAAAUACAGCAUUUUAAAGUGUAAAGUGCAGAAAAAACUCAGUGAAAUGUAAUUGACAUAAAAACAGUGUUGUGACACAACUGGAUUUGCAAGACAAUUUAAUAACAGCAUGUUUUAUGUAUGUAUGUAUGUACUGAGGAGUCUGAUGGCUUGAGAAACCACUACACAGUAUAGUGAAGAUUCUUGCCAAUGGAAACACAUGAGCCACUGCUGUUUGAUUGUAAAGUGUGCGUACAGGAACAUCCAUG